AUGAGGCGAAGAGUUAACGUGACUCGUGAUAGUCGUUUAAAAUUUUGGAGCAUAUCGAAAGCGUUAUAAAGAAAUCGAUUUUUCUUAAUAUUCUGUAGUCUUAAAACCUUUCUUUUCUUUUGUACAAUAAAUGAUGAUUUAGAAUGAUGAUUGUUUGUUGGAAUCUGAAUCGGAGUGAACGCUAGUUACAAACGUGCUGCAAAUUUUCUGAGCAACAGUACGAAACACUUUCGCAAGCUACUACGCAACGUACUUCAUUUCCAAUUUUUUUUUUUCUUUUUUUUUUUUAGUACAAAAUAGUAUGUCGUGGUCGUAUUUUAAUACCAGUGACCUUCAUAUCAGUGGGUUUCACAAUUUAGCAAAGAAAAAAGAAAGAAGUUCAAGAAGAACGCUAAGUAAGAUUAGGAAUAACAGAAGUCGCACAAAAAUGACAAGCGAUUAGAUUGGGAAAGCAGAGAGGUGACAUAUUAAAGUUUGAAAAAAAAAAGGACAUGCGCAAUUUUUAAACUAAUUAAACAGUGACUAAUUAGAAAAAUAUAUAUUCGAAAGUGAAUUCAAAAUGUGGAAUAUUUUGAAACAAUUUCUACUAUGGGGAUUACUCCUGGGAAUUUUAUAUCGUUUCCUCACCGCGACGUUCGACUUCUGGAAGAAUCGCGGCGUACAGUUCCGAAAGCCUACAGUGUUGUUCGGGAAUUUCUCAGACAUGCUGCUGUUCCGGAAAUCGUUACCGGAAAGUAUAAAAGGGAUGUACGAAUGGUUCGAGGACGAGAGAUACUUCGGAGUGUUUCGUGUUAGAUCGCCUAUGCUGAUCCUACGGGAUCCGGACCUGGUGAAGGAUAUUUUUGUGAAACACUUCGCCUGCUUCUCGAAUCGUGGCAUACCGGUGAACUCGCAGGACCCGCUGUCCGCCCAUCUGUUCAACCUCGAGGGGAAAAAAUGGAAGAGCCUGCGAUCGAAACUGACCCCGGCCUUCUCGUCCGGCAAAUUGAAAAGGAUGUUCUACCUGCUGGCCGAAUGCGGCCAGGAGUUUCAAAAAUUAAUCGACACGUACUCCGAGACCGAUCGCCCGCACGAGAUUCGCGAACUGGCGGCGAAAUUUACGAUAGACGUCAUCGGUAGCUGUGCUUUCGGCAUACAGAUAAACGCUCUCACCGACGAGGAAUCCGAGUUCCACAGGGCUGCGAAGAAACUCUCGAAGCCAAGUUACACAGCCACCCUUUGGAGGAUGCUGAGGACAGCGUUGCCGAAAUUGUAUAAAUUCCUAGGCGUUCAAGUGAUCGAUCCCGCAGUGAGCAGAUUCUUUAAGGACAUGGUGUCGCAGAUGAUUAGCCAGCGAGAGCAGCACGGUAUCAAGAGGCACGAUUUCAUGGAUCUGUUGAUCGAAUUGAAGAAUAAAGGGACGUUGGACGAGUCUGCGAACGGACAAGUUCGCAACGACGAGGACGGGGAAGAAAUA